UGGCUGCAUAGCUUUGCCUUUGCCUUUCCCAAUACAGAAAGACAAAAGAAUAGAAUUAAAAAAAAACCGCACACUCUGUUUUGCCGUUUGCCAGUUUGCCCUUUUAGUUUUUUUGAUGGUUCUCUCUCCGGCACACUUGAGUUCCAUAUUUUUAACCGGCUCUCCGGCUUCGCGUAUGUGUACCCAUUAACGAACUACGCUCGUAAAUUAAUUGCUUUGCAGAUUUAGGAACCUUCCUUCUAUAAUUUUUAUUCAAGAGUUUCAAUUUAACAAGUGUGAUUGACAUUGCAAUUUUUCUGUUUUUGGGUUACGUUUCUUUAACCAUUUACAGGAGUCAAUACCUUCGGCAGACAAAUUCAGUGCAGUGAAAGAAUAAAAACAAAUACUAAAAUGGAGUGCCAUCAAUUUUACACAGAAUACGAGGAAUUAGAUACAAUGGACAUUAUGAAUGCCACUGUGGGCCCGCCAAACUUAGAUGACGAGGCCGCUCUAGAAUCAACAAUGAAUAUAAGUACCAUAUUGGAGGCUACGUUGCCUCUGUUCGGUCCGCCCGACCGCACGCCCAUCCAGAACAACUGCAAUUUCAAAGUGGAGAUCAGCAGCAUUAACACCAACCGACGGAAAUAUUUGUACUCGAGCCUGCUAAACCGGAUAUACGUGGAUAUGAACUGCGACUUCGCAGUGCAAUUUUCAUGGGAGAACAUACCGAUGGAGAAGCUGUAUGUGCGAGCCACUGUAGUGUUCACCGAUAAGGAUCAAGCUGAGAAACGGGUCGAGCGUUGUAUGCAACAUAGACAUGACAACAUUGUCAAUGAGUCCAUCCGAAUGAACGUAUUACGCUCGUCCCGCGAAGUUGGCACCCAAGGUGUCUCCUACCAUGGGAUCUCGACCCGCGCCGACUCGUGGUACUCCGUAGUAGUGGAGUUGCCGAACAACGGGCAGCCUUCAUUGCACGCAUUCAAGUUCGUCUGCAAGAAUUCCUGCUCUUCGGGAAUCAAUAGGAGGCCCAUCUCGAUCAUAUUCACCUUGGAGGACGCUUUCGGUAACGUAUACGGUCGAGAAAUUACCGGAGCUCGAGUUUGCUCCUGUCCUCGCCGCGAUUUACUUAAAGAUGAAGAGAACGAGGGAGUGUUCCGCAGCGGUAAGAAACGGGCCAAUACCAACCAGAACAACACAAGUAAUUCCAAGAAGGUAAAGAUUGAAGUAGCCCCAACCAGCCCGGCCACUUUGGACACCAAUAUACUGACUUUACCGCAGCUUCAAGUGGUAGGUCAUAACGUUUUAGUAACGGGUCUCCAAAUGAUGGUGCAAAUGAUGGCACAAGGAAUGUCUGCAAGAAGUGAUGACCCUCAGUAUGUGGCCAGUUGCACCGCCUGUAUUACUGGCCUAGAAGCAGCCAUAGAACAAUUAAAGACCGCCAAUCCACAGAAAUAUCCAGUAUGGGACGUGGCGCGCCCUACGCCGCAGGUGUUGAUGGAGCAGGCACGCCGCGACCUGAUGGAGGCGGACGAGAAGCUGGCUGCCAAACGUGAGGAGGAGGCCAAAUAUCGGGUGGUCAUGGACGCCAAAUGGCAGGAGCUACGCAACAAGGAAAUGCUGCUCAAGGAGUCGUUCAUUAGCUUUAAUAAGUUCAUAAGGGAGAACCAGGAGAAGCGCGAUCGGGCAGAGAGGAAGAUGGAAGCCGACAGCGAAGUCCUGGAGCGGAAGACCAGGGAGACGGAGGCGAUGCGCCAGCGAGUGCAGGAAAUGGAACAGGUCAAGCAACUCAUGGAACAGCAAGUUAAAGACUAUACUAUUUAUGAGGACUAUCUUAUGGCAGUCGUGCAAGCAUAUCCCGAGUUCAAGCAGCCAUUAGAUGUUUUAAAUAGAUACGAAGCUCUGGCUGCUGCCAAAAACACCCUGGCCGAACGUCAGGAGCGCGACCUGGAAAUGUUGGAAGAAGCUCGUCAAGAGAUCGCCGCGCUCACAGAGGAGAAGAAGCUCUUCAUCAUGGGCCUGAACAACACGCUCGCUAAUUUGAGGUGGCAAUACGACAAGGUUCGUAACCGCGUGAUCAAAUGGGAGCUGGCGCUGAACCGGCUGAAGGAGACGGCGGCGCGGCGGCACGUGGAGCUGUGCCACGUGCGCGCCGCUAUCUGGGCGCUCUACGUCAAGAUAUGCAAGCAGAAGGGUAUUCCCAUUGACAUCGACACAUCGGACUUCGAGCAGCAGUUGGUGGUCAUCAUGAGAGCUCUCCUGGAACUGAGGAGGAUUUACAGGAUCGCGCAACGCAGAUCUAAAGAGAAGGACGCGGAAUCAAUGCAAACGGUUUGAAAUUGGAAACAACAUCUGGUACAUGCUUUUCUUAUGACUUAUUUAAAUAUUUUU